UACGCUUUGCGUGAGUGGAAAAUGUCUUCAGUUUAGUUUGCUAUAUACCUCCUGCUGCUGAGACCGACUCGAGACAGAAAGCCGUGCUCGCUAUAGGGAGCAUAUUGGAGAAGAAUCAACUACACUUUUCAACUUUAUUUCACACAAUUUUCAGGGAAUUACGGGUCUACCUUCUCCAAUGAAGCAUCACUUUACUCUGUUGAAUGAUAGUCCAUAAAAUUCAGUCAUGAGUUGCUUGGAUGUUAUGUAUCAAGUUUAUGGUCCUCCACAGCCGUAUUUUGCAGCAGCAUACAGCCCGUAUCACCAUCAGAAGCUAGCCUUUUAUUCAAAAAUGCAAGAAGCUCCAGAAAGCAGCAGCGGCGCGAGCUCGUUUUCCAGCCAUUCUGCUCCCACUGUAAAAGAAGAGGAUUGCGGCCGCGAGAAAGAGUGUCCUCCCGAAGCGGAAUACAUCAACUCAAGAUGCGUUCUCUUCACCUAUUUUCAAGGGGACAUCAGCUCUGUUGUAGAUGAACAUUUUAGCAGAGCUUUAAGCCAGCCCGGCAGUUACGCGCCCAGCACGGCAGCUACCAAGUCAGCAAGAAACACGUCCUCCUGGAGAGAUGGAUCAUUCCCAAUGAGCCAGAGAAGUUUCCCUCCAUCAUUCUGGAACAGCACCUACCAGCCUUCAGUGACAGCCACCUUAAGCAGCAGCUCCCUGGGUGCCCCUCACACAGAAAUCCCAUUCCCCACAGAACCUUACUCCACUGCCUCUUUACACAGCCACUUGCACCAUGCUCCCCCUGAGCCGUGGCAUCACGCACACCACCAUCAUCACCCGUACUCCCUCAGUGGGGCAAUCAGCACACAGAGCUCUGCCUACCCACGACCCAGCAUGCACGAUGUCUACGGAACGCACUUUGACCCCCGCUACAGCUCUUUGUUAGUGCCCUCAGUACGUCCACAUCGGUUGACCCCCACCACUGUCCCCACUCCUGGUACCCCACAAUGUGACAUUGGGAAAAGUGAAGCAGCCACCUCUGCGUGGACAACCCCAGGGGCCUUCUCCGGACCAGGGGCAGACAUGGGUCAGAGCCUGAGUCUAAAUGUGGAUGCAGGUAAAUUGAGAAAGAGUGCAAGUCAUGCAAUCACACACCAGUUCCAUAACAGCAAAAUAAUUAAUUAAAAUCUCAUUUCAGAUUUGUUGACUAUCAUGAUAUACUGAUGCAGGGCCUUUUACACUGUAAACCAAGUGUUUAGAACAUACAUCUUAUGCAACAAAUGUAAUAUACGUUUUAGCAUACAUGUUUCAUUGGUGUUUAUUUGUGUAUUCUGGAAUUAUUAAAACACAAAUAUAUCUGUGGCAUAAGAUUCAUGUUUAUUUCCUGAUUCUUGGUUUUACAGUGUAGGGAGUGAUAUGGUAACCUGCUUCUCCACUGUAACGUUACAUAAAUAGUAAGAACUAAAUAACUAACCAUUCCAAACUGUUUAAUUGUAGAACUGAAGAAUUAACAGGUUUGUAUUCCUUUUUUUAAAUAAGUGGUGUAAACUGAAAAACCCAGCCCAUUGUACUUCAUGCAUUUUGUGGGGCACUUUUGGAAAAGAAUGUGGUAAGUGUAAGUUGCUUAAAAUAAAAUUCUGCUACAAGAGGUAAUUAUAAAACUUAAACACAUUAAAAAUAAAAAACACAAGUGGAAAUAUAUAUUUUUCAAGGAUUUGGUUGAUCAGUUAUUCCAACUUGUAUUUUAUGAUUGACGCUUUUAAACUUGCAUGCAGUUCAAAUUAAGGUGUUGCAAUUGUUUGUGCCAGAUGUCUACCUUAUUCUUCACAUUUCUGCUUCCAUACGCUUCACUUUGCUUUGGGUGGUUUCUACUUUCAUAUUCCAGAGCUCUGGGAGUCUUCUAGAAUUCGGCUAUUUUUCUCCCUGUCCCUAAUCUUCUUUUCUUGCCCUUUUUUCUUAUUUUCCCUUCUUAGGUCUGCAGCCUCAGGAUAAAAGCAAGGACCUAUACUGGUUUUAAAGCACCCCCAAAUCAACCUGCCUUGGCUGCCCUGUAAAUCUACCUUGUAGAAAUUUUGAAAUUUAAAGACAGUUUCUUUCUAAUCUUGGUUUCAGCUCGACGUUAUUCCCUUUGCGGUGGACCUCUCCUGAGCUGAUAAGCCCUAAGAAGUAAACACUUGAGAAAAAAAAGAAGAUCAAACUGAUCAAUCAAACUGAUCAACCACCUGAUUUUCUUGAGUGGAGUAAAGACAAAGUGGAAACAACGGACUCAAAUUGUAUUUCUAGAUAACUCGAGAAGAGUGUUUGAAUGUACAGUGACUUCUUUUUUUAAUUUAAAUGAAGGUUUUAACUUUCAACAGGAAACGUCUGAAAAAACAGAUUUCUUAUAAACCACAAGAACGUUUUGUUUUUGAAUAUUUUCUUUUGUUUUAUCAACUGACAUCAAUUCCGGCAAGGGUUUUGCUUUAACACUAACUUCACCAUUCAUGAAACCAUGCUGCAGUUUAUAACAAAUACCUGACAUCAGAAAAAGACAGACAUAUCAUUUUGAUUUGAACUGGUUAGUGGCUAUUUGAAGCCACCUGACUUAAUAUUGCUCUACUGCAGCUGUCAGGAGCAACUGUUCAAACUUAACAGAUAAUCAAGGGGGUCCCUCUCUGAGUUUGACCAAACAAGUGCUUUGGUCUUCUUACAAGGAGCAUUUUAUGAAAUCUGGACCCUCCCCCAACAGAAAAUAAAACAGCCUUCAUAGGGAACAACUGGACAAAACAGCAGCAAAGAGCACAUUGUCAACACAUGAUCUCAGUGGCUCAGAAAUUACUGUGUGUGUCGCUGUCUUUCUGCCACUUUAGUUACCAGUAUUUUUAAAGAUUGAAAGAAUAGGCAUUUGUAACUGUAAGAGAGUUACAUUAAAGAUCUUUAUUACAAAGGUCUUCAGUGUUUGAGUUAAUGUUGGUGCAAGAUGUCAAAAGCUAAACAUAAGAUAGGCCUUUACAUGUGAAUACAUUAAUAUAUUCCCAUUAAAGUAUUUAUUUUCAUAAUACAAAUAUGGUAUAAAUGUUAAUUAUUAUUUUUUUCCUUUAAAGCAAGUUGUGGAUGUCAACAGAAACAAAUUUGAUAUAGUUCAGCUGUUUAAAACUGCUUGUUAGUUCUUGGGUAUUUUGAGUAUAACAAAUAAGAUAGAACUGUAUUGUGCCUUCUAUAGUCAGUUGUAAAUGUGAGUUUUAAGAUGUAGAAAAUGCAGUGAUCGUUUGGAAUAACCCUGACAUCACAAAUCUGUAUAACAGUUUAUUAAUGCUGGCUGAAGCUGUAUGUGGGUUCCAUUUUAUAAUAAAGAAGUAGGUUACUGUUCACUUUUCAAAGGAGAAAAUGUACCUACAAGAUUUUUUUUCCAUUCCUUUGUGCAGUGUUUGCAGCUUUCAAAUCUUACUUGUGUUGCCAGAUUGAUCACAAUGUGUUUUAAAACUGAAGGGCCUUGAGCAGACCUUACCAAUUUGUGGGUAUGAACCAGUGGCUAAUUAUUUCACAUGGUGUGAACGACAACGUUAUUGUAUUUGUAAUCUCAGCCAUAAUAUUGAUUAUAUCUAAUUCAUUGUCUACAGAGGUUUUCACCUGCCAAUUUUCUCUCACCCCGCCCCCAGAAAAGAUAAAACACUACCUGCAAUUCUAUUUACAAUGAACUCAAAUUAUAAUUUUUUCCUCAGAAAGGCAAGAAAACAGCAUUUGUUUUCUAGAACUGGCAAGAAACGUCAAUGAUUUGAUUUAUGCUUCCUGAUAAUAAUGUUAUCAUAUAAUGAAAUUGGACCCACUGUAAUUAGAUUUUAAUGUUAGGUUUUAACAUUUCAGUGGUGUGAUGUAAUAUAAUGAGAAAAAUAUGAGUUCAAUAAAUUAAUAUUAAUAAAAUUAUUGGACCAGUAAUGGAGAUUUUAAAUCUAUGGGUUUGUUUUUUUUCCAAUAAAAUGUCUUAAAUAUCCAA